AACAAAGUAUUCCAAACAAACUCCCCACUCACUCAAGAAAACAUCAGAUUUAUAUUCCGCAAUCGCCCAACUUAUGGCUUAAUAAGAAAAUGGUCGCUUUUAAAGAGUUGUAAACACUUUUCGACUGCUUCACAGAGAUUUCCAUGUAGGGGAGCAAACCAAAUCCUGUUUGCAUUGUUGUGGUUUAGCGGAGACUGGAAACUCCUCGCCGUGGAUCGGGCCUGUUUCAGCUAAUAACCUAUUCAAGGUGCUUAAGGAAUCGCAAUGUCAAUUUUGGGUCUGAAGAAGAAGCAACCAAAGACUUUUAAAGUCAAAGUCAGCACCAUGGAUGCUGAAAUGGAGUUCAGUUGUGAGGUCAAAUGGAAAGGGAAGGAUUUGUUUGACCUUGUGUGUCGGACCAUUGGUUUGAGGGAAACCUGGUUCUUUGGACUUCGAUACACAGUGAAAGACACUUAUGCCUGGCUGAAGCCUGAUAAACGGGUUUUGGAUCAAGAAGUUCCAAAGGACUCCCCGAUAACAUUUCAUUUUCUUGCCAAAUUCUUCCCUGAGAAAGUGGAGGAUGAGCUUGUUCAGGAAAUUACUCAGCACCUCUUCUUCUUACAAGUCAAAAAGCAGAUACUGGAUGAGGAGAUAUUUUGCUCUCCAGAAGCCUCUGUUCUUUUGGCGUCGUAUGCUGUUCAAGCCAAGUAUGGGGACUAUGAUCCAAACUUUCACAAACCAGGUUUCUUAGCUCAAGAUGAACUCCUGCCCAAAAGAGUGCUGAUGCAGUACCAGAUGACAGCAGACAUGUGGGAAGAGAAGAUAACAGCUUGGUAUGCUGAACACAGAAACAUCACAAGGGAUGAAGCUGAGAUGGAGUAUCUAAAAAUAGCACAGGAUCUAGAGAUGUAUGGAGUUAGUUACUUUUCUAUUACACAAAACAAGAGGGACACAGAGCUGCUUCUUGGAGUUGAUGCUCAGGGUCUUCACAUCUACAACCCCAACAAUAAGCUUAGCCCCAACAAAUCCUUCCCCUGGAGUGGAAUCCGAAACAUCUCCUACAGUGAGAAAGAGUUUACUAUCAAACCGUUGGACAAGAAAAAUGACGUUUUUAAAUUUUACUCCUCUCAGCUCAGAGUGAACAAACUGAUCUUACAGCUGUGUAUUGGGAACCACGACCUGUUCAUGAGGAGGAGGAAGGUGGAUUCCAUAGAGGUCCAACAGAUGAAGGCACAGGCCAAAGAAGAGAAGGCCAGGAAAAAGGUUGAGCGUCAGAUUCUUGCAAGGGAGAAGCAGAUGAGGGAGGAAGCAGAGCGAGCGAAAGAAGACAUGGAGCGUCGUUUGUUCCAACUACAGGAUGAGGCUCGAAUGGCCAAUGAAGCUCUACUGCGCUCCGAGGAGACGGCUGACCUUCUGGCAGAGAAAGCCCAGAUCGCAGAGGAGGAGGCCAAAUUACUGGCCCACAAAGCAGCUGAAGCAGAACAGGAGAGGCAGAGACUGGAGGUCACAGCCCUCAAAACCAAAGAGGAGAAGAGACUGAUGGAGCAGAAGAUGAGAGAAGCAGAAUCUCUGGCGGUUAAGCUUGUUGAGCAGUCAGAAAGGAGACUGAAGGAGGCAGACCACCUGAAACAGGAUCUGAAUGAGGCUAAAGAUGCAGAACGGAAGGCAAAGCAGAAGCUCCUGGAAAUCACCAAAUCAACAUACCCUUUAAUAGCAGCAUACUCCAGCCCUCCUCCUCCCACUGGGCCAGAGAGUCCAGAUAUGACUCUAGACAUGGGCAACAUGUCCAUCAAAAUGGAUUUCAAGGACUCCGAUAUGAAAAGACUUUCCAUGGAGAUUGAGAGAGAACGGCUAGAAUACAUGGAAAAGAGCAAACAUCUUCAAGACCAGCUGAAGGAGCUCAAAUCAGAGAUUGAAUCCCUGAAGUUGGAAGAGCAGCAACAGGCUGGACUCUACAGUCUCAGGAGUUACGCUGAACCUCCUUAUAUUCCCCACAGCAAUAGAAAUUCUGCCUACAUGGCUCAGAUGGCCUUCUACGAGGAAGUGUGAAAGAACAAUCCAGUCUGUUUCAGGAGCAGUUUGCAGCUAUCACUGAUGCAUGCAUGUACACCAAAAAUGCAGCAACCUCAUAUACUGUGCUUUUAAAAUUAAUAUAUUUCUUUUAUGUUUUUGA